AAAAAUGUAGUCGAUAAAAAAAAAUAUUAAUAAAAUAAAUUAUAAAUGAUUGAAUGGGGUGCACUAUCGAUAAAGGAAUGGCACCGUCGAAAAAUAAAGAACUUAAAGCUAAAUUGGAACAUAAAUUAUACCUGGCUAGAGAGAACCCAGAGCCUGUCUUUGAUUUAUCAGAAUGCGAUUUAAAACAAGUGCCUCAGGGAAUAUUCACUUUGUGCAAAGUCUUUCGCAAAGAAGUUCUACUCCUGCACAAUAAUCGUCUUAGUAGUUUAGACAACGGAGGAUCAAUAAACGAUUUAAACUUAUUAACCAUCUUAGAUCUACACAAAAAUUUAUUAGUUACUUUGCCGCAGUCAAUAAAUGUGCUAACUAAUCUCAGGGAAUUAUAUUUAAACAACAACCGUUUAAAAGUUUACAAACGCAAUAUGUGA